AUGUAUCAAAGUAAUUCACCUCCAAAUUCUGCUAAUAGCUCCUUACCACCACAAUACAAUCAGCAGCAGCAGCAGCCUUAUGUUAGCUUACUUGGGCCAGAAAAUGGUGCAAUUCCAAGUGGUUAUGGAAAAGGAGCACCUCCUACGAUGAAACCACCUACUAAUCCAUCAUCACCUUAUACGGAAACUCGGAUAACUGAUUCUAAUAGUCAUCAACAAAACUUGCCACCAACUUACCAACAAUUGGCUUACCAGCAAUCAUCACACCAAAUUCCUCAACCUAACUAUAACUCUACGACACCUGGAUAUACUACUGCAACAACUAGCGGCGAUGAAAAAAGUAAACAUAAGGAUGAUAAGAAAGAUAAAGACAAGGAUAAGAAAGAUAAAGACAAGGAUAAGAAGGAUAAAGGUAAAGAUAAAGAAGAAAAGAAGGAUAAAGGCAAAGAUAAAGAAGAAAAGAAGGAUAAAGAUGACAAGAAAAAGGAAAAGGAUAAAGAUGACAAGAAAAAGGAUAAAGAUAAGGAUGACAAAAAGAAAGACAAAGAUAAGAAAGAUAAAGACAAAGAUGAUAAGAAGGAUAAAGACAAAGACGAUAAGAAGGAUAAGGAGAAGAAGGAUAAAAAGGAUAAAGACAAGAAAGUCAAGGAUAAGAAAUAA